ACGUUGAGGGUCAAAGAAAAAGCAGAGAGCAUGAUUAUUCUCAUGCUCGAUAUAUUAACCAGACAGACCAACCCCAGCAAGGUGCUUGUGUUAUCCCACAAACAGCCGGCAAAGAGCCCAAAUUAAAAAUUAAAGCGUACAAUACGCUUCUGGAAAACCGCUUCUGAAUCCCACUCACCAGUAUUUUCUGAACAUACUUCAGGAGGAAAUGAAAUGCAAAAUCCUUACCUGCCAUGGAAACUAUUUUUGAGUUAUUCCAAUCUCCAAAUAGAUAAAAUGGAAUAUAGCCACCCCAACCUGAUCACCUGCUUGUCACGUAUCUUUCUGUUUUAAAAUAUCCAUGCACGUUAAUAUAUUGUUAACCGUUCAUCGAUUCCACCAAGGGUAAUUUCAUGUUCAUGGGCAAAUAAUACUGGACAGUGGACACCCUCUAAGUAAUAAUUCAUUCUCCUUUUCCUCCUCUGAAUUUCAGAAGAACUAAAUGCAUCUGGGUGGUUGUUCAGGUCAACUCUUGUUUAUUUACUAGUUUUGCAGACAUUUUAGUGGUCUGCUAAACAGGAGGUCAAGUAACUCUUUUUAUUUGAAGAUAUCAAUAGAUUUGGAGGUGAAUGAAUUGACUUCAAAAAAAAUCAGACACUAUGCGUUUUCUUGUAGCAUCCCUUGGGCUACUAGUAGUAGCACAAAGAAUUCUGAAUGAAAUUUAUAAGAAGUCUACGCAACAUGAUAAGUUGAUGCCACGUAUAGAGCUGACAAAAGGUGGCCAUGUCAAGAAGCUUGAGCGGUUUGGGGAAUAUGUAGUUCGGCAACUUGGUAUUAUGACACCUGAUGGUGAUUCUCGCCUUUCCAAACUUGCUGAAGAGUAUUUGAGGGGAGAUAAAAGCAAUUCUGAUGGGAGUCCAGAAAGCAUCUGUCUAUAUCUUUCUGAUAUGUACCCUGAAGGCGAAAUUGAAUCUCUCUAUAAAUUGAUAAUAGAUGAGAUAGAUAGCUGCAUACUAAGUUACUUUGCAUUUCAAUGGGAUCACUCUAUGUUUAUGAUUAAUCAGGUUCUACAGAAUAAAUCUCAGAGGAAAAAGCUUCAAUCUGCUGUGUUUAAUGCUACCAGGAAACAACGUGUUGGACGGGUUAUAAAGGAUCUCAAGACAAAAAAUGUAUUUUCUACUCUAUUGCAGCAGUUUAAAGCUAUUGGCCACCAUGCCAAUCUUCAUAGUGAGACGAAUGUAGUUGUGCCAGUGAAUGCAAAUGAUAGAAGCCCUGUGCUGCUUCUAAUUGGGGGCGGGAUGGGAGUUGGAAAGAGUACGGCGGUCAAAGAUAUAAUGAAAAGCUGCUUCUGGGCAAAUGCAGCCAAAAAUGCUGUGGUAGUGGAAGCAGAUGCUUUCAAGGAAACAGAUGUUGUAUACCAGGCCUUGAAUUCGAGUGGGCGUCAUGAUUACUUGGAAACAUCAGAACUGGUGCAUCAAACAUCACUCGAUGCCGCAGAGUCUCUCCUUGUCACCGCCUUGAAUGAGGGUCGUGAUGUAAUAUUUGAUGGCACGAUGUCCUGGGAACCAUUUGUUAUACAGACAAUUUCCAUGGCUCGAGAUGUCCAUCGUAGACAAUAUCGGAGGGGUCCAGGCUAUCAGAUAGCAGAGGAUGGUUCUGUACAAGAAAACUAUUGGGAACCAGUUGAGGAUGCUGAUCCUCCCAAUGUUUUGAAAGCCCAUGAAAGCAUAUUGAGUAAUGGAACCUCAGACACGGAAGCAAUUAGAAAGCCACUUACAAAUGUGAGGAAACCAUACAGAAUAGAGCUUGUUGGAGUCAUCUGUGAUGCACAUCUUGCAGUAGUUCGUGGAGUGAGGAGAGCCAUAAUGACAAAACGAGCUGUGAGGGUUAAAGAGCAAUUGAAAUCAAUCAAAAGAUUUGCUACUGCUCUUCCCAAUUAUUAUGACUUGGUUGAUCAAGUAAAAAUAUAUAGUACAAAUGACAUUGGAGGGCCAGCACAGAUAAUAGGAUGGAAAGAGGGGAGCAGUAAAAUGCUUGUUGAUCCUGAAAGCAUCAAAGCUGUGACUAAGUUAGCCUCUUUGAAUGAGAAUGCAAGAUCCGUGUAUGAAUUGUACGGUUCAGUGAAUGGCAGAGUUGAGCUAGACAAUGCUAUGAAAGAAGUAUUAUCUCCUGAAAGAGCCUUGCGUCAGAAGCAGUUGCUGAGUAAAAUUCAAUCUAUUGAAACUCAUUUGCUCCAUAGAAAUUCAGGUAGCAUCACCUCCAGCCACUCUGCAUCCUCUGUUUCAUGCUCUGACUACAGCCGACAGUCUUCACUCGACUCUUCAGAUUCUAGUUGGCAUGCAUCUGAUCACAGUCCAGAGAACAAUAAAGAGAGUGUCGAUCAAGAUUCUUCCUGACCCAGAUGCUUUCUGACCUAACUUAUGGAAGCCGCAGAUUUGCUUUCCAUUUGAACAUUGCAGACAGUUUUGUUAUCACAACCGAUUCUAUGUCAAGUGAAUAAUCGUGGAUAUAUUGUCUCAAUUUCUUGAAAAUAAUGGAUGGAGCUGCAACAACACACAAAAGUAAAGUGUCAUUCCCAUGGAGUUUUCACAUUUGAAUACUAAUGGUCUAAAGAAUCAGAUUAUAAUUUCAAUAAAAUUUCAUCAAGUAUAUUAUAA